AUGACAACUAUGAUCAAGCUGCAUUAUGACGAGAAAAAUGACGAAGAAGAAAAUAUGAUCAUUCGGUGCGCCGACUACGAGACGUUCAAAUCCUAUGUACUAAAAAAAUUCGAUAAAGUAUACGAAAUUGUAAACUACGAAAAUGAAAACAUAAAUUAUUAUAGCGUCAAAUGGAUCAACUUCAUAAACAGGAGAGUACCAAUUUUGCUGCAAAAUAAAAGCGGACCAUGUCCUCUUCUCUGCAUUGCGAACAUUCUUCUCCUACGUAACCAGCUACAGAUUGACAAGAAAGUUAAAAAAAUAUCGCAGAGCUUUCUGGAAAAUAAAAUUAUGAACAUACUGUUAGAGUCCAAUAAGAAAAAUGUGACCGACAACACCGCGUCGUGUAAUUAUAGGAAAAACAUAAUCGAGUGUGUAGAUAUAUUACCCCAGUUAAAAUACGGACUAGACGUAAAUUGUAAAUUUACUAAUAUUCAUUCAUUUGAGUACACCAAGGGGUUGUGCAUUUUUGACAUGCUCAACAUCCCAUUAUAUCAUGGUUGGGUCAUCUCUUCGGAGGAUGUAAUGUUUUACUCCUACUUGAAAGAUUAUUCCUACAAUGUCAUAAUAAAUAAAAUUGUGAGAUAUAAUGAAUACUACGAGAGAAAGAAAAAAAAAAACGGAGACGAUACGUCCAAUGAGAAAACCGCCACUUUGUACCAGUUGGAGGACUUGGAGGAGGAAAAAAGGGAGGACUGCCAUUUGGGAAAACCCUACGAGAGGGGUGCACUCAUGGAUGGCCAGACAAAUAACCCAAGGGGAGCCUCCAACAGUAAUAAGAAAGGUGUCAUCCCCAACGAUGCCACCGUAGACUUAGCGAAGGGAACAAACAAAAGUACAGAAAAAAAUAAUAAAGAGAAAAACAUAAAAGGCGUACCCAUCUUUCCAGAUGACCUUGAUCAAUUAUCAAAAGGAAAAUCCAAAACGACAUUAUUUCAGGAUAGCUCCUCUGUGCAGGUUAGUACUGUAUCUCCCGUGGAGGUAGACACGACAAAAAAAAAGAGCACAUCUUUUGGCAAAAAAAACACAAGUGCAGAUGCAUCUAGCAGUAAGAGCAGAACUAACAGCAACUUGCUUAACUCGAAGCAGCCAUGCUCUGUAGAUUCGGAAAAAGGCGCAAAUAAGUACAGCCCCGAAACGGGGCAGAAGUCGGAUGGAUUUCUUAUGAAGGAGGGUAAAACGUUAAGUAAUGUGACCUCCUCUGCAAAAAAAAACAACCUCAAUAGGAACACCACUGCUGGCACUAAUGCAAAUAUCAGUACCAUUUCCAGUGUUGUUAGCCCUAUGAGCAGUAAUAACAGCAGCGUCGAUGUGAACGCGGUACCCACCCCCAAAUUUCCGGAGGACCCCUUGCUGAUCAACUCCACCAGUCUAAUUCCAGUUGAACAUUCCUCUGAGGGAAAUACCCAGGGUAAGUCGAAAAAAUCCAUCCAGGAGGAAAAAGAUAUUAGAAAUUAUGAACUGUUUAUGCAAUCCAACGAAAUAGCUAGCUUAACUAGCGAAACGGCGAAUGCAGACAUAGCAGAUAAUUACACAGAAAAUAGUGAAAAUUUUAUCAUGAAAAAUUACAACACAGAUAUAAAUUUAACUCCAUACGAAAUUCACGAAGCGGUAAUAAUUUCCCAAUUUCUGGAAACAUACAAAACUCAGUUGACAUUAGUUGGGUUGAAAUUAUUGCAAGAAAAUUUGAACCCAAAUCAACUUGUAGCCUUUUUCAGGAAUAACCAUUUUAACACCCUUUUUAAAUAUGAGAAUAAAUUGUUCCUGCUGGCUGCAGACAUUUCCUUUCUACAUUUGAGUUGUACAUGGGAAUUAUUUGACAACGUAGAUAAUGACACCUCUUACUAUGAUAACAAUUUUAGGUGCAUAUCGAAUCAGAAAAAUCUGGACAAAAAUUUAGACCAUUCCAUCAUUUAUUUGAAUUAUUAUGAUGGGAAUAGUGCCAAAAAUAACAUGCAUUGUGUCAGAUCCAAUGCGCCCUUUUCAAAUGGUAAAAAGAAGAAAAAAAAAAAGUGUACCUUUAUGUAG